AGCACGCUUUUCGACUCCAAACAGCUGAUUGCCUGAUGCCCGCUGUCGCAUUUUUGAGAGAAUAAAUUACUAAAACGUUGCAGCUUUAAUAAUAUGUGUUUUCUGUGCACAGAGUGCACGGAUAAUGCCAUUGGCAUUAUCCCAUUUAGUUCACAGGAAGCUGAGCUACUUAAUGUUAAAGCGAUUAUCGAAAAACAUUUUUGGUUGCGGAUUGAAGACGCCAAUGGCCAUAUUUGUGGUAGUUGCUGGAGCGAGCUGUAUGCAUUCCAUACAUUCUAUUUGCGUGUGGAGCAGGCGCACAAGGCGCUACUUGAAAUUACAAAUCUGUCAUUCGCUAAUGAGACGGAGGAAAGCGGAGCACUGGAAGCCAUUUCCAUGGAAUUGCAGGUGCCAAAAGAUGUCGUUAAGACGGAGGCUGACUUGGGCGACAGUGUGGCGGCUGCUGUGAAGCGUAGGCGCGGCCGUCCUCGCAAACAACCAGUAACCGAGGAAGCAACAGGUAUCGACAGCAACGAAUUUAGAGCCGUAUUGGAGCAGAUCAAUCUGAACGAGAUAAAAAUCGAAUUCCCUGAGGCGGACUUGAGCAUAGCUGAUGUGCUCGAAGAUCAGGAGGAGCAAUCCAUAUCUGAAUUUCUUCAACAGAGUUGCAAUGAAAGUGAAGCAGAAGCUGUUGCCAUCGUCAAGCCAAAGCCGAAGAAACCUCGAAAAAAGACCAAAAAGCGUCGCUGCUUGAAAACCAAAAUAAAAAGCGUAAAACCCGUUAAAACUGGCGUAAACAAUAUGAAGAAAUCUCAGGAAUUCAAUGAAUACAUCAGGGAUCACUUCAAGCUAUUUUGUCCAUUUUGCAAUGUGACGAUGGAGGACUUCUCCCAGAUGCUGACGCAUUCACGCAAGGAGCACAAUCAGCGCGGCUAUGCCAUGUGCUGCAAUCGGAAGUUCUUGAAGCGCGGUGUGCUCGUUGAUCAUCUGCGACGGCACCAGGAUCCGGAUCUAUUCAAAUGCCAGAUAUGCCAACGUGUGAUGGGCCAGCGUCGCAGCCUAGAGCUGCACAUGCGCAUGCACGAGAUCAAGCAGCAUGGACGUCGCUACCAGUGCGAGCACUGCUCAAAGAGGUUCUUCAGUCCCGUCGUGUGCGAGCGCCACAAACUCAUCCACAUUCCCAAGGAGCAGUGGAAAGCAACGUGCCCCACCUGCUGCAAGACCUUCCCCAACGAGUACCUAAUGCAGCAGCACGUGAAGCUGGUGCAUUUGCGAAAGUUUGACAAGAUUUGCGAUGUGUGCGGCAAGUCGAUUAGAGGGCGUGAGGCUUUGGUUCGGCACAUGGAGGAGCAUGCGGGUGCACCGCAAAAGAUCAUUAAAUGCCAUCUGUGCGAAUCGACGCUAACAACCAAAUACGGACUGGCGCGUCACAUCAAGAUGAUGCACACAGCGGAGAACUUGCAGCCGAUGCAGUGCAAAUUUUGCCUCAAAGUGUCACCCACACUGCAGGCGCAUCAGCACCACAUCAAGUACACUCACAACACGGCACGUACACACGAGUGCCCGAUGUGUGAGAAGGCAUUUAAGCGGCCGAGCGAAUUGCGCGAGCACAUGACAACGCACACCGGCGAGGUGCUGUACACCUGCCCGCAUUGCCCGAAGACCUUCAACUCGAAUGCCAAUAUGCAUGCUCAUCGCAAGAAGAUGCAUUUCAAGGAAUGGCAAGAGUACCAUCGUCAGCAUCAGGCGCGCUAUCGUCGCAAGGAUACGAUCAUCUCGGUGAGCAUGAGGAAGACAACGGAAAAUGCAGGAGCAACCAUGACAAAGGCAGCCACACGGGCCGCCGAGACCGCAGAAACCGCAGCGACCGCAGAAAUCGUAGAGACCGCAGAGGUGCCAACGCUUCUGUCGGUGGACGAUGUCUUGGAAUGCUGAGAUUGCGCGUGCCCUGUGACAUAAUUUUUGUACUUUGCGUUUAUUUUGAUUUCGGCGUAAUCAGUGUAUAAAGCUUGAAAAACAA